ACCCAUAGAACGCAAGUUCCGGCGGACUAAGUGUCACUUCCGGUGGAGUGGGUUACUUCCGGCUGCUAGAGUGCGACUUCCGGUGGCCUGUCUAGCACUUCCGGUGAGAUUCAUUACUUCCGGUCCAUAGAGCGCGACUUCCGGCGCACUCCCUGGCGCUUCCGGUGAGUUGGAUCACUUCCGGCCGAUAGAGCGCGACUUCCGGCGGUCCGACGGUCGCUUCCGGCAUCCUGGAGCGCGGUAAGGGCCGUACCGCAGCGCUGAUGGCCGCUCUCGGUCCCGGGCGGUGCCGGUGCAGAGAGCCCCUGCUGAUGCCUGUCCCGGGCUGUGGCGGCUCCGGCCGGAGGAGCUGGCGCUGGGGAAGGUAAUAUUGCAUCAUUUGAACAGCCCGGUUAAAUAACACGCUGUCAUCGAACGUCACGAGUGAGCGGUUAGCGCCCGGGGAGGAUUCCGGUUAUCUGCGGCUGCGGGGAAGAGGAGAUGAAGCGGUGAAAAUAAAUAAUAGGCAGUAAAAACCGGAAUAACGAAAACGUCCCCGCUGCCGGAGACACCGCCACCCGCUCCCUCGCUGUGGCAUCGUACGUCGCGCCCACAACCUGGUCAGGAACGACGCGCUUGAGUUUUUCUGUCUGGAAAAGAAAAGACGGCGUUGUUGGCGUUUGCGUCCGCCGAGACUGCGCGCGCUGCCAGGCUGGCACCGGCGCUGCCUUCGGACAGGACAGGCUGCCAGAGCAGAAUUCCAUCGCGUAAGGGGACACAGCGCUCCCAGCCCCGCAUGGACCCAGGUGCCCACGGCCCCAAGGCAGGAGCGAACCGGGGAGACGCCGGAGCAGCAGGUGACGCGCAGGAGGAGCUCACGGAGACGGGGGGCACGUCCCCCGGGCAGGAGACGGAGCAGGAACGCGACGGAAGUAGCGGGACGUCGCGGUCGCGCCCCAACACGUGCGAGGCGUGCGGGAAGAGCUUCAGCCUGCGUUCCAACCUGCUGACCCACCGCCGCAGCCACCUGGGCGAACGGCCCUACGCCUGUCCGGAGUGCGGGCGCUGCUUCGGGCAGAGCUCCCACCUCCUCACACACCAACGGCUUCACACCGGCGAACGGCCCUACCGUUGCCGCGACUGCGGCCGAAGCUUCAACGUUAACUCGGACCUGGUGAAGCACCGGCGGACGCACACGGGCGAACGGCCCUACCCCUGCCCCGAGUGCGGGCGGCGUUUCGGCAGCAGCUCCAACCUCACCCGGCACCAACGGCUUCACACGGGCGAACGACCCUACCGCUGCCCCGACUGCGGCGAGAGUUUUCGGGACUGCCCGUCGCUCACCAUCCACCGACGCGCCCACACCGGCGAGCGGCCCUACCCCUGCCCGGCGUGCGGCAAAGCUUUCACCGACAGCUCGCUGCUGGCCAAGCACCAACGCACUCACCGCGCCGAGAAAUCCUUCGCCUGCCCCGACUGCGGCAAAAGCUUCUCCACCAGCUCCUACCUGCUGCGGCACCGCCGAACCCACCUGCCCGAGAAGCCGUACCGCUGCGGGGAGUGCGGCCGCGGCUACAGCCAGUUCGCCCACCUCACCACCCACCAACGCGUCCACACCGGCGAGCGGCCUUACGUCUGCCCCGACUGCCGCAAGAGCUUCACCACCAGCUCCGCGCUCACCAAACACAAGCGCGUCCACACCGGCGAGCGACCCUACUGCGAGAAGACCUUUUCCCGGCGGUCGGAGCUGCUGAUCCACCAACGGUUGCACACGGGGGAAAAACCCUACAAGUGCCUGGACUGCGGGAAGAGCUUCACCCGCAGUUCGAACCGCAACGCCCACCAACGCAUCCACAGCGGGGACAGACCCUACAAGUGCCCCGACUGCGGGAAAAGCUUCGGCCAGAGCUCGGACCUGGCGAAGCACCAGCGGCUGCACGCCGGCGAACGUCCCUACGCCUGCGCCAAAUGCGGGAAAAGCUUCAGCUGGAGCUCCGAUCUCGUCGUCCACCAACGCAUCCAUACCGGCGAACGACCCUACAAGUGCCCCCAGUGCGGGAAGAGCUUCAACCGUAGCUCCAACCUCAACACGCACCAGAGGACCCACCUGGGCGAACGGCCCUACAAAUGCGCCGACUGCGGCAAGAGCUUCAGCUACAGCUCGGCGUUCCUCAAGCACCAACGUACCCACACCGGCGAGAAACCUUACCAGUGCACCGGUUGCGGCAAGAGCUUCUUCGAAAGCUCGGCGCUCAUCCGUCACCAACGUAUCCACACCGGCGAGACCCCCUACCAAUGCCCGCACUGCGGGAAGAGCUUCAAGCAGAGCUCGGCGCUCAUCACCCACCUGCGUACCCACACCGGCGAGAAGCCCUACCAGUGCGGCGAUUGCGGCAAGAGCUUCAUCGUCAGCUCGGCGCUCAUCAGGCACCAACGGGUUCAUCUGGGAUCCGGGGGGGUGCCGGUUCUGGUGGGAGCGACGCGCUCAGCGCCGGCUUCUCCCCUUGUCGCUGCAGGUAGCGGGGACCCCCCCCCCCCCCAAAAAAAAAGUGCCACCGACCCCCCCUCACACACACCCCCCCACACAUACCCCAGCACCAUGUCACCGAAGCGCUGCAGAGGGUCCGCAGCCCCCCAAGCUGACCACGGCAAGGUCGCCGCCGCCGCCGAGGCCGAAACCGCGUCCCGCGGCCGCGGCGGGCGAAAACGUAAGGAGACGGUGGUCCGUCAACGCGCGGCCGGCGGGGAGCACCCCAACAUCUGCGUGGAGUGCGGCAAGAGCUUCGCGCAGAGCGCGGCGUUGGCGUCGCACCGGCGUAGCCACGGCGGGGAGAAACCCUUCGCCUGCCUCGACUGCGGCAAAAGUUUCGGUCUGGGAGCCAACCUCCUCCGGCAUCGGCGAACCCACGCUGGCGGCAACCCGCGGAGCUGCCGGGACUGCGGGAAGGAGGUGGGGUCCGGUACCGUCGUCGCCGGAUCAGCACCGCGUUCCGCCGGCCAGAAACCGUACAAGUGCGUCGACUGCGGGAAAAGCUUCGGCCGCCCCAAGCAGCCCCCCGGCAACUCCCCGGCGAAACGGCGUCGCCGGGAUGGUGCCGGCGGUGAAAAGCCGCCGACCGUGGCCAUCCCCAACACUUGCGCCGAAUGUUGGCAAAGCUUCAGCCAGAAUUCGGAUUUGGUGAAACACAUGCGCAUCCACACCGGCGAGAAACCGUACGCCUGCCCGCACUGCGGCAAACGCUUCAACGUCAGCUCCAACCUCAUCCGCCACCAACGCAUCCACACCGGCGAGAAACCGUACGCCUGCUCCGACUGCGGCAAGAGCUUCACCGACAAAUCCACCCUCACCCAGCACCGGCGUAUCCACACCGGCGAGAAACCGUACGUCUGCGCCUACUGCGGCAAGAGCUUCAGCCGUAGCUCGCAUCAUAAGCGACAUCAGCGAACCCACGCCGGGCAAAAUCCCGUCUCCCUCCUGCCCCUCUGGCCGUACCCCAGCCAGCCCUGCUAGGGGGUGGGGGGGGGGACACACCACACACACACACACACACGCGUGCGACACGGGG